CUGUUGCCCAAUAAGUUAUCCAUCCCCAACUUAUCAGUCGCAAAAUCUAGUCGGCGUUGUAUAAAAGCCGUAUCACAUUGAUCGAUCUUAUGAUAAACGUAUCGACUGUUCUCUCUUUGAAUUCGCGUUCACAAAUCCGACGAUGCUCUUCUCGUUUGUGUUAGUCGUUUCGCUGGGUGCUGUCUUCGCUGCCCCAGGGUUGGACUUCGACCCGUGGCUCGACGAUCAUGCCCCUAUCCUGACGGCGCCCAUAAUCAAGGCAUUGGCCCCGGCGCCGAUUAUCAAGACGCCCUUUUGGGAACCCGCACCCACGAUCAUAAAAACCGCCCCCAUAUACAAGGCUAUAACCCCGGCCACUAGCUACGCUUCAUUCAGUCAGUACCAAGUAGAACCCGUACCUAUCAUCACCAAGACUCUGAUCGCGUCGCCUCCUAUACUGAAAGCGUACGCACCGUGGAAGUGGUGAACGUUUCGCGCCGCGUCUACCCCCCACCGACUGCUCAGAAAGCGUCAUUUUAUUUUUUGUAAAGAUUUAUAGCAUAAUAAAGCAUUUUUAGCCAGUU